AUAAGAAUUUAUUUUUAUUGAGAUAUUGAAAGUUUGAUUAAAAUAAAUCGUCAAGUGAUAAUUAUCCGGAAAUCCAAUUAGUCGCGGCAGUGAGUUGUUUUUUGUUUAGGCAGAAUUUGCAAAAAGGUCAUGGGUCAUGAACAUGUUCAUGGACAAUAAAUAAUUUAUUUUUUAUGUGCACUUUAAAUCUGUGCAGAACCGGUUUUUGUGUAUCUACAGCGAGUAACAUUAUCAUCUAGUGAUUACUAAAAGGUAUUAAAAAAGAGUAGUGGAGUAUAUUUUCAUGGCCAUGCUUAGACAACACAUAGCUGGUUAAUAACAGGACUUAAUAAUCAGUCUGUAUAUACUGCGGCGCCUGCAGUUGUUCCUUUUCUGAAUAAUACGAAUAAACGACAAUUAAUAUUAUUCAAUCAAUCGUAAUAUAUCUUUUGGUAUUUAAACAACAAAACUAUUUUUUUUAAUCGUUAGGCUGUUAAUUGUUAGUUUGUUGCUGAACCUAUUACAUAUUAGAAAAAUCUUUAAUGGCUCCUAGAACGAGCAGUUGGCCGGCAUGGAGCAAUUUGCAAAGCACCGACAAAAAUACCAGAUCAGUGGACAGUUGGUUAAAUGCUCGUCGUAAAGAAGAGGGUGCAGAAGGACUAUGGAGGGUACACGAUGGAUUAUACGAUCUACAUGAAUGGAUACAUAAACAUCCCGGAGGACCACAAUGGUUAACAAUAACAAAAGGCACUGAUGUCACGGAAUUGUUUGAAUCAUAUCACGUAAAUGGUGAAGCAGUCACUCAAGUACUGCGCAAAUUUUAUGUCCGACAAGCAAAUACACCCAGGAUGUCGCCAUUUACUUUUAAGCCUGAUGGAUUUUACAACGUUUUAAAAUCUAGAGUGGCCAAAAAGCUUGCUUACACAAACUCUACCACUUCUAAGCUAAAGACGAUACUGGUAGUUGACAUUUUAAUUUUGAUAGCGAUGUUACUUUGCGCCGAAGCUGGGCGAAGAAAUAGCUACUUUGUUGCCGUAUUAGCCGGCACCGUCUUAGCAUUGGGUUUAGUGGGCAGUCACAAUUUUACUCACCUUAAAGAUAACUGGAGAAUGUAUUAUAUUCAACUGGGUCUGAUGUCCAUACGAGAAUGGAGAAUAUCGCAUGUGCUCAGCCAUCACAUUUAUACGAAUACGGUUCAAGAUCUUGAAAUGACUUUACUUUAUCCUUUUCUUCAUUGGUAUCCUACCAAAGAUAAACCAUGGAAUGUGGUUUGGUUUUCAAAACUAACUCCUAUAGUUUACCCUUUUAUCACAUUCUAUUUAAGUGUUCUAAGAACUAUAACCUUGAACAACGACAAAGCGGACUGUCUGGCCUUCGUUAUCCCUAUGAUAUUAAUGUUCAGCGGAAAUUUAUCCCUGAAUUCUGUGUUGUGUAUGUGGCUGUUGAUAAUAGCAUCGAUGAAUAUGGUAUUCACCUUUAUUGGAUUCCACGCGGCACAUCAUCAUCCCGACAAUUUCCACGACGGAGACGAAGUUAGUGAGCAAGACGUUGAUUGGGGUAUUCAUCAAACCGAUUGUUGCUCAGAACGACAUGAAAUCGGCAACAGCUUGCUAAUCUCGAUGGUUACAUUCGGCGAUCAUUCGUUGCAUCAUCUUUUCCCAGCUUUAGACCACGGUAUGAUACCACACGUACAAGAUGUCUUUGAAGAAACUUGUAAAGAGUUCGAAAUAGAUUUGACGCCCAAGCCCUAUGGAGAAUAUGUCCGUGGACAGUUUGAACAGUUAGUCCGAAUGAACCCAAAUAAACCCAGAAGAUCGAAAAUCUCAGCUAACUAGGCAUUGUUAUUCCAUUAUGUAUUAUACCUAUAGUCUGUUGGUUAUUAUGUAUUACUUAUAAAUUAUCUAGUUAAAUGGAAACUAAAAAUUAAGGCUGACCGUAAUUUGAUAUUUUUUUUUAUUAAAAGUAAUGCUUCUUUUGAUAAUAACGAUGUAUUGGUGUAAUAUACAUAAAUAUAUAUAUUUGUA